GUUUUUGUUUUCCAUAAUCGUCGUCAGCCACACUUUACUAAGCUCCAUCUCUGCGGAGAAGGACAAGAAAGAGCUUUAGACGGUCGACGAAGGCUUCUCUCCUUCUUCAGCUUCCGGCGAGAGGGAGAGAGAGAGAGGCGGCGGAGUUGAAAAAUGCCGUUCAUAUCGCAGAUACAACGGCAGUCCGAUUACGCCUACUUCCCAUCCGAAACCCCUAUCGUCAUUGACAACGGUGCUUCCUACUUCCGCAUCGGGUGGGCGGGAGAGAACGAUCCUCGGGUAAUUUUCCGCAACAUUGUCCAGAGACCUCGCCAUAAGGCCACAGGUGAAACAGUGACCAUUGUGGGUGACCAUGAUCCUGCGUUGUUGAGAUACUUUGACUGCACUCGCUCUGGGCCUCGUUCUGCUUUUGACAACAAUGUCGUUUACCAGUUUGAAAUAAUGGAAUAUAUUCUGGACUUUGGGUUUGACCGACUCGGAGCUAAUGGAUCACAGAACAGAUUGAUCAUCCUGUCCUGAUCACUGAAUGUGUCUGCAAUCCGGUGCAUUCCCGUAGUAAAAUGUCAGAACUUUUGUUCGAGACAUAUGGAGUUCCAUCAGUUGCUUUCGGAGUUGAUGCGGCAUUCAGCUACAAGUACAAUCAGCGUCAUGGGAUUUGCUACGAAGAUGGCCUUGCUAUAUGCCCUGGAUUCAACACAACCCAUGUUAUCCCGUUCAUUGCUGGAGAGCCUGUUUAUAAAGGGUGCACUCGGACAAACAUUGGCGGUUAUCAUGUCACUGACUAUCUGAAGCAACUUCUUUCACUAAAGUACCCUCACCACAUGGCUCGAUUUACAUGGGAAAAGGUUGAAGACCUAAAAAUGGAGCACUGUUAUAUUGCACCAACCUAUGCUUCUGAAACUCGGUUGUUUCAGAAAGGGACUGAUGAAGCUGAAGAUAAAACUAGGGUUUGGCAGCUUCCUUGGGUUCCACCACCAGUUGAAGAGCUCCCAUCAGAGGAAGAGAUAGCCAGAAAGGCUGCUUUAAAGGAAAGGCAAGGUCAAAGGUUAAGAGAAAUGGCUGAAGCAAAGAGGUUAUCAAGGAUAAAUGAACUAGAGAACGAGUUGCGUGGGCUGGAAUUUCUUCUGCACCAACUUGAGCAGGUACAAGCUCAUGAAAUUCCUAAUUUCCUUAGAGAGACUGGCUAUCAUUCCAGGCAGGAAAUAGAGGCCUCUGCACACAAGGUGACACUGUCUCUAAGGAAAGCUAAAGGAGAGCCAAAAGCUGACCAGUCUGAAGCUGAAGACAAGACUGAUUCUAGUGAAAAGUACCCUCUAAUAAACAUCCCUGAUGAAAUGCUGACCCCUGAUCAGAUCAAAGAGAAGAGAAAACAGCUCUUCCUUAAGACUACAUCUGAUGGUCGACAGAGAGCAAAGCAGAAACGUCUUGAUGAAGAAUCGGAACGAGAAAGAAGAAAUCAGCUAGAUGAAGAAAGACGUUUGGAGAACCCAGAGCUUUAUUUAGAGCAGACACACGCUAGGUACAUGGAACUCGCCGAGAGAGUUGAGCAGCGAAAACGGUUGAAAACAAACGGGAACCAAACCAACGGAAAUUCGGGUGGUGUUGGUCGGGGUGAGAGAUUGAAUGCUGCCCAAAGGGAAAGAAUGCGGCUUCUGACAACAGCAGCAUUUGAUCGAGGGAAGGGUGAGGAUACAUUUGGUGCUAGAGAUGAGGAUUGGCAGUUGUACAAGUUAAUGAGCAAAGAUAAUGAUGACGAUGACGAUGGACCAGAACCGGAUGAAGUAGAGCUGGCACGCAUUUCUUCCCGACUUCAGGAAAUAGACCCGACAUUUGUGCCUAAAUCAGAAGCAGAGGCCUCACAACAGGGUUCUGAGGUACCAAAGUCCCGACCACUGACCCAGGAAGACUUCAAGAUUGUCCUUGGGAUAGAAAGAUUCCGAUGUCCAGAAGUCCUAUUUAAUCCGAACCUAGUAGGGAUUGGUCAGGCAGGGGUAGAUGAGAUGGCUGGGGUCUCAAUAAGGAGGUUACCAGAGAAGGAUGAGGAGUUGGAGAAGAGACUGACUAGCUCCAUUCUGAUGACCGGGGGAAGCUGCCUUUACCCUGGUAUGUGCGAGCGCUUGGAAGCUGGGAUUCGAAUGAUUAGACCGUGUGGAACACCGAUUAAGGUGGUGAGAGCAUUGGAUCCAAUUCUCGAUGCCUGGAGAGGAGCUUCUGCAUAUGCUGCAGCGGUGCAGUCCCCCCAGCAGACGUUUACAAGGAUGGACUAUUUUGAAAAGGGCGAAGACUGGAUUCGCGGUUACAAAUUUAGGUACAAUUUGUAGUAACCUAUUGAAGAAUGAUUGUUUUUAGCACGUGUAUCUGAUUGUAGUAAUAGAAAAACCCAACUGGUGAUGAGAUCAACUGCCCAAUUGAUUGCCGUAUUCCAGUUCUAUGGUCUCUCUCCCACUGUUGUUCUUUUCUUUAAGAACUAAGGAUUCGAGAAGUAUAUAAAUUGAUGGUGCUCAUGGUACUUGGUUUAUUAUAUGGAGACAACUGACUUUACAUUUACCAAAAAAUCGAUAAAAGCAAUACAACUGUUUCCAUAAAAUAUUAUUUGUCAAAUCUGUCUGAGUGGAAAAUAUAAAUUUGGUAUGUAUAUGCAUAACCCCUUCAUGUACAGGUGGGAACGAAUUGAAUAGUAGAAGAUUGAUUGAUAAUCUCAUCAUCUAAUGUGCGUUCGUCCAAGCGACCAAAGCCCUGUAUCUUUAACUGGCGCCUGUGUCUUCAUGGAUGGGAAGACAUUCCAGAACCGCAGAGUUUCAUCUCCUGCUCCAGUUACUAU